AUGCGCCCCUCAAGACUCUCGAUCUUGCUUCUGGCCACCUUGCAGCAGCUCUGUGGCGCAGCCAGUCUCCCGCGCGAUGAGCAGCAAUUGCUGUCUGCCGAUCUGUGGAACUGCAUGACGCGGCUGAGCGACCUGCAGGGUCAGCCCGGAGGAGCGUUGAGGAAUUGGCAAGAAUACGUUUGCGAUCUCGGCACGGACUUCGUCGUCCUUCCGCGAUCCGCCCUCUCCGCAAUCCCACCGAAUGCAAGCGAUCCUGAUCUUAACCCUAUGCACCGCGAAGCCCUCGCACGUCGGCAGCCUCACGCACGGCGCGACGACUGCAAGGAGGACCUCGAGGACCUCGAAGAGAAGUACGAGAAGGCGGAGAAGGAGCUUGAGGACAUGAAGCACGAGCGGAUUGGCUUCAUCAUCCUUGCGGUCGGCGCCGGCGCGUUCGCCCUCGUCCUCGCCGCAUGCCUCGCCGCGCAGGUGCUGCGCGUGAAGCGGGGCAAGAAGAAGUAUAGGGUCCUCUCGCAGCAAUUCGACGGCAGCCAGGUGAGCCAGGCCAUCGGCGCAGGCGCACACCACUCCACCCACGACGACGGUGACGCGCACCGCGCGCAUGGAUCCUACGACGACCCCUUCACGCCGAAGAAUGACGGGCAUGUACCAAUGCGGAGUGUGGUGUCGUUCAGCGAUACGGAUACUAUGGUCAGCGGGAAGAAGCCUGGCUAUGGCCACGACCGAUUCGGCAGCUACAGCUCGGUGCGAAGCUCAGGCUCGGAGGAUACGGUGCGCGACGACCAUAGCGUAGCCUCUGGCUCGCGUCCGGCUAGCCGAGCUGGGCUGCCUCCAAGCGGCCUCGGGAAGUCCAGUUACGGUGCAAAGGGUGAUCAUUGA